AUGGACCUUUCCACCCUCACCGAUCUCGCACCACAAAGGCAGACCCAUAGAAAAGGCGCCUUCCCCUCUCCACAACAUGAAACACUCGGAAAUGUUACUUCUGCACACAUGGAUCAGAACCCGAACGGGAAUGCCAGCUACGAGGAGAACGGACGGCAGUAUCACGAGUUUCGCCGAGGUAUAUAUAUGUAUCCGUGCGAUGAGGCAGAGCAGGAUCGCUUGGAUAUUUUCCAUAGAAUGCUUUUAGCGGCUCGUAGGACUCUGCAUUCUGUUCCAAUCAGCAAUGCCUUACCGCCCAUGAGCAAUUUAAGGAGUGGCCCGCCAAUAGCUGUCGAUCAAGGCCCUCGAAUACUAGAUCUUGGCUGUGGAACGGGAAUAUGGGCAUUGGAUAUGGCCGCUCAAUACCCGCAUGCGUACGUUCUAGGAAUAGACCUAACUGCGAUGCAGCCUCGUGAGCGUCCGCCGAAUUGUAACUUUCUGGCCCCUCGAGAUUUCGAGAGUCCUUGGAGUUUUGGGGAGGAGCCAUGGGAUAUGAUUCAUCUCCAGAUGGGCUGUGGAAGUGUGUCGAAUUGGCCUAGUUUAUACCAGAAGGUUAUACAGCACCUUCGUCCUGGGACUGGAUAUUUCGAACAGGUGGAAGUCGACUUUGAACCGCGUUGCCAUGACGGGCUUCCUCCUGACCAGCCACUUACUCGAUGGUACAAAAACCUAAAAGACGCAACAAAUGAGGCGAACCGACCGAUCGCACAUAACCGCAGCACCACCCAUAUGUUGAAAGAAGCAGGCUUUGUGGACACGAAGCACGAUAUGGUUGGCCUACCGCUGAACACGUGGCCCGAUGAUAAGUACGAAAAAGACGUUGGGAAAUGGCAUAGUUUUGCCUUCUCGAAGAGCAUAUAUGCUCUCAUUUUGGCCCCUCUCUUCCGUGUAAAACAUUGGACGGUCGAAGAAAUAGAUUCUUUAGCCCAAGAAGUAAGAACACAGUUGUUUGAUAAACAGCACCGGAUGUACAAUCUCUUGCAUGUAUAUACUGCCAGGCGGCCAGACAACCCAGUCCGAUAA